ACCUCGCAACCUCAGAGGAUGCCUGCCAUAGAUGCAGGCGAAACGUCAGGAAAGAAUGCUUCUAGAAUAUGGCCAUACAGUCUGGAAAACUCACAGCAACCCAGUGAUUCCGGCCAUGAAAGCCUUCGAUGAUCUUAGAAGACUUUUCUUCGUUUUUGAAGAAGAGCAGUGUUGAAAUGUUAAAAGCCGUUUUGAAGAAAAGCAGGGAUGGUGGAAAGGCAAGCAAGAAGGAAUCUGGUGAUUCAUGUUCAGAAAGUGCUCUACAGAUAAUUACCGUGUCGGGCCACAGUCCAGACUUUCCUGGUGGUGUACAACCUGUUCCUGAAGAUGUCUACAGAAUGAAUUUGGCCAAAGGAGUUUCCAUGUCUUUGCCAUCAUCACCUUUACUGCCUCGCCAUGCCUAUUUGAUGCAGUCAAGAGCAAGCAAAAAAUCUCCAGGUCCCAUCAGGAAGCCCAAGUAUGUGGAAAGUCCUCGGAUACCAGGAGAUGCAGUUGGUGCUGCAAUGAGGAAAGCGUUGGAACCGUCCGAACUCAACCAGAAUGAAGCAAAAUCAGAGAAAGAAUCAGGUUGUUCGCCAGCUGCUCAGGAACUGAUGACAAGACUGGGAUUUUUACUAGGAGAAGGAAUUCCCACCUCUGCCCAUAUUGCUGCAGAAGAAAAGCAUGAAAUGAUGUGCACAGUUGCUAGUCAAGGAGUCAGUCCCUGCUCUACUCUAACAAGCAGCACAACGUCGCCUAGCACUGACAGCCCCUGCUCAACUCUGAAUAGCUGCGCCGGCAAAACAGCAGCCAACAAAAGUAGUCCCUGUGGGACCAUUAGCAGCCCAAGCUCCACAUUGGAAAGCAAGGACAGUGGAAUUAUAGCAACAGUAACAAGUUCAUCUGAGAACGAUGACCGUAGUGGAUCCAGUUUGGAAUGGAGUAAAGAUGGAAGUCUCAGAACUGCAACGCAUCAGGGAAUCAUUUAUGAACGAAGGGCAGAUAAUUGUUCACCAGUUGCAGAAGAGGAGACUGUUGGAUCUUCAGAAAGUUUACCAAAAGGAGAAGCAUCUUCAGGAGAUGGUCCUGUGACUUACACUCAAAACUCUGGCUCAUUGGUAAUGCCUCGACCUAACUCUGUUGCAGCAACGAGUUCCACCAAGCUGGAAGACCUGAGUUAUUUGGAUGGCCAGAGAAACACCCCAUUGCGGACCUCAAUUCGUUUACCUUGGCACAAUACUGCUGGAGGGAGAGUUCAACAAGAAAUGAAAGCACGUUUUGUCCCUUAUAAGCCUCAAGACAUUUUGCUAAAGCCACUAUUGUUCGAAGUGCCAAGCAUAACAACGGACUCUGUGUUUGUCGGAAGAGACUGGCUGUUUCAAGCCAUAGAGGAAAAGUUGAAGAAUACAGAGCAGGCAGAAACCAGGGGAGCCGUUGUCGUUGGAAAUGUGGGAUUUGGGAAGACUGCAAUUAUUUCCAAGCUUGUGGCACUUAGCUGCCAUGGAAGUCGCAUGAGACAAAUUGCUUCCACCAGCUCCAACUCUCCUCCCAAAACCAAUGACCCCUGUCAAGAGAUCCCACUCAGCCAGCUGCCCACUUCUGUUGUUCCCUCAGCUGGUAUCAGUACCAUCAAAUCCUUGAACUGCCCUCCUGCUCAGGAACAUCAGAACCAAAUGGAAGAAUCAGUUAGACGUCUUGCUUCAAAGGUUGUUGCCUAUCACUACUGCCAAGCAGACAACACUUAUACAUGCCUUGUCCCAGAAUUUGUACAUAGUAUUGCCGCUCUCCUCUGCCGUUCCCAUCAGUUAGCAGCAUAUAGAGAACUUUUGAUACGGGAACCACACCUACAAAGCAUGCUUAGCCUGAGGUCCUGUGUUCAGGAUCCUGUGGCAGCAUUCAGAAGAGGAGUAUUGGAACCGUUGGCAAAUCUUAGAAAAGAACAGAAAAUUGCAGAAGAAGAAUACAUCAUUUUGAUAGAUGGCUUAAAUGAAGCUGAAUUUCACAAGCCUGAUUAUGGGGAUACUGUUUCUUCAUUCAUCACAAAUAUUAUUUCCAAAUUUCCUCCCUGGCUAAAACUGAUUGUGACUGUAAGAACAAAUUUCCAGGAAAUAACCAGCUCCCACCCUUUCUUUACCAUCUCCCUUGAUGAGUUCCAUGACAACAAAGACAUACAAGCUGACUUAAAUGCAUACAUUCAGUACAGGAUCAAUGCCAGCCAGGAUAUUAUAAACAACAUCUCCCUCAAUGGGAAAGCAGAUGCAGCCAUUAUUGGGAAAGUCAGCAAUCACUUGAUCAUGAGGAGCAUGGGAUCGUAUCUCUACUUAAAGCUGACCUUAGACCUCUUUGAGAAGGGCCACCUGGUCAUCAAAAGCGCAAGCUACAAAGUGGUUCCGGUCUCCCUCUCUGAGCUUUAUUUGCUUCAGUGCAACAUGAAAUUCAUGACAAACUCAUCAUUUGAAAGAUCCUUGCCGGUGCUGAAUGUGGCUCUGGCAUCACUUCACCCAAUGACAGAUGACCAGAUUUUCCAAGCUAUUAAUGCAGGCCAGAUAUAUGGAGAACAGCAGUGGGAGGAAUUCCAGCAGAGGAUGGAGUGCCUUUCAGGCUUUCUGAUAAAAAGGCGAGACAAAACACGAAUGUUCUGCCAUCCUUCCUUCAGGGAAUGGCUUGUUUGGAGAGCAGAAGGUGAAAACACUGACUUUUUAUGUGAGCCAAGGAAUGGCCAUGCUCUUUUGGCAUUCAUGUUCUCCAGGCAGGAAGGGAAGCUUAACCGUCAGCAGACAAUGGAACUUGGGCAUCAUAUUCUCAAAGCACACAUUUUCAAGGGACUCAGUAAAAAGACUGGAAUUUCUUCCAGCCAUCUUCAAGCCCUGUGGAUUGGAUAUAGUACAGAUAGUUUGUCAGCAGCUCUUGCAUCUUUAAGAAAUCUCUAUACUCCAAAUGUAAAGGUAAGUCGUCUGCUGAUCUUAGGUGGUGCCAAUGUAAACUACAGGACAGAAGUUCUCAACAAUGCUCCAAUAUUAUGCGUUCAAUCUCAUCUUGGCCAUGAAGAAGUGGUCCUUCUCUUGCUGGAAUUUGGUGCCUCCAUGGAUGGUGCAUCUGAGAAUGGGAUGACCCCACUUUGCUGUGCAGCAGCUGCAGGCCACAUGCAAAUAGUCUCACACCUGUGCAAAAAAGGAGCAAAGAUUGACCACCUGGAUAAAAAAGGACAGUGUGCUUUGGUUCACAGUGCUCUUAGAGGCCAUGCUGAUAUUCUUGAAUACCUGUUCAAUAUGGAUUGGAUAUCUUUUCCCCAUCAGCAGAGUUCACUGAGCAAGCGGCAUGCGCUGCAGCAGGCCCUCACAGCGUCUUCAAGCAUGGGACACUGCCAGGUUGUUCAUUUUCUGAUAAGGCUUGAAAAGGAGCCUAAAAUUGACAUCAAUGAAACAGAUACACUGUGGGGAGAAACAGCAUUGACUGCUGCUGCUGGGAGAGGAAAACUGGAAGUAUGUGAAUUAUUACUCGAACACGGGGCUCAAGUAACAAGAACUAACAGAAGAGGGAUACUUCCACUUUUCUGUGCUGUUCGUCAGGGACAUUGGCAGAUUGCAAAACUUCUGUUGGAACAUGGGGCUGAUAUAAAUUUAAGUGACAAACAAGGGAGGACGCCUCUCAUGGUGGCUUCUUGUGAAGGACAUCUGGGCACGGUUGAAUUUCUCAUCUCCAAAGGUGCAGACAUUUCAUUGCUGGACAAGGAAGGCCUGACAGCUCUGAGCUGGGCUUGCCUCAAAGGCCACAAGAGCGUGGUCCAGUAUUUGGUUGAAAAAGACGCAACAAUAGACCAGACAGACAAGAAUGGAAGGACACCCUUGGACUUAGCCGCUUUCUAUGGAGACUCAGAUAUUGUGCAGUAUUUAGUGGAGAAGGGGGCAGUGAUUGAACAUGUUGACAAUAGUGGGAUGCGCCCACUGGACAGAGCCAUUGGAUGUCGAAAUACAUCAGUUGUUGUCACACUUCUUCGGAAAGGAGCCAAAUUAGGAAACGCAGCAUGGGCCAUGGCAACAUCUAAACCUGAUAUUCUGAUUAUCCUCCUGCAGAAGCUAAUUGAAGAAGGAAAUAUAAUGUACAAAAAAGGGAAGAUGAAGGAAGCAGCCCAGCGGUAUCAGUAUGCUUUACGGAAGUUUCCUCGAGAGAGUUUCGGGGAAGAAAUGAAGGCUUUUAAUGAGCUCAGAGUUUCCUUAUAUCUAAGCCUGUCAAGAUGCCGCAGAAAAACAAAUGACUUUGGCAUGGCAGAGGAGUUUGCUACGAAAGCCCUGGAUCUCAAACCCACAUCCUAUGAAGCAUAUUAUGCUCGAGCAAGAGCCAAGAGGAACAGCAGGCAAUUUCAUGCAGCCCUCAGUGAUCUUAGAGAAGCCAUAAAGCUGAGCCCUGGCAACCAAGAAAUAAAGAGACUGCUAAGUCGAGUGGAAGAAGAGUGCAAACAGCUCCAGAGAACACAGCAACAGAAGCAGCCCUGUGCUCAGCUGAGCCAGCAGAGCAAUGACUCCGACAACGAAGGGGAAGCUCUCGUGCAGGAUCACUUCAGCCUGGAAGAGAUAGAAGAGGAGGAGUUUUUGCAUGAAGAGGAAGCUGGUCCAUCCACACAGAGGCUGCCACUCUCCCAAGCUGCUUUAACCUGUGGCAGAAACCCUCAAGAAGGCAGCCAGCAGAAAUUUAGGCCAAUUUCCCCGCCAAGCAGAGCAGAGACGAAAUUCCUGAGAGAGCCUGGCUUGACCAUGCAGCCCACAAAACAAGCCCAGAUAGUAAAAACCAACCAGCAUAUGAAUUCUAUCCAGAGUGGGGCAAGGUCUGGAUCCAGCCAGACUGGGAAAAAGACUCAACCUCUUCAGUAUCUUCCUCCAAGCCCAGUGGCCUCCCGACACAUCUCAAACCCAAACAAUAAAAACCAGCAUUUUGAAGGACCGAACACUCUGUCAGUGGGCAGUAACACUGCACUGUUUAGUGAAAGACUCUCAGCCGUUCAGGUUCCUUAUGUGCAGCGUAGUGACACAGGAUCUUCCUACUCUUUCAUGACUAAGUCCAAAACACACGAGAGGUUGGCUGUCCAUGCUUCUCCAAAUCUGGAAAAAGGAGGUCCAGGAACUGCUGAAUUAAGACAGCAAAACUCUCUCUGCCCUGGUCCGCUUUCGGUCAGCAUGGUACCUUCCAGCUCAACAAGCAGCUUGUCUUCGAGCAGCAGUUUCUCUGAGAACCUGAAAGGACAAGGUCCAGACAUGUGGCUCAAGGAGAGCAAAGCUGGCCAAGGCCCGAGUGGGUCGACAGAACAUAGGCCUCGCAAUACGCCCUUCAUGGGGGUCAUGGAUAAAACUGUACGGUUCCAACAACAACAACAGCAGCAGCAGAUGUUGAUGAUGAAUCCCUCCAAUCGAAGUUGGCAUGGACAACCUGCUGAAGUGUUCCUGAAAAGUGCUGGGGCAAUUCUGUCUUCAAGCUGUGAGCAGUUCUCUGCCAAACAGCCAGGCAGCUCUAGCCAUCAGACUGUCCAUUUCUCCUCUUCUUCCAUUGUAAUGCCAGGAGAGAGUAUCCAGAAUGGGACUCAGUGUAAAGAACUUGAGAAACUGGAAUGCCAAGGGUCUGCCAGUUCCCAAGAUAGUAGAAUAGCCAAGCCAGUGGCUCACUUGUACCAGGAAGUUCUCUCUAAACAGCAUUCUCAACUUAACACUUCAAGUCACAUCACUUCUACAAAGCCAAAGCGAUCAUUUGUAGAGUCUAAUGUGUGAAUAAUGGUAGCUGUUUUAUCGCAGACUAAUAAUAGGGAUCAACCAUGCCAUUUUGGUUGUAAAACUUAGUGCAUAGUAGCAGAUACGUUACUGAUAUUAAUCACUAAUAUUUUACAGAGUGUAUUAUAUUAAAAUGUUCAUUCAGCCACUUCUUGAACCUUGAUCAGGCAGACUAGGAUGACUGGAAGUAUUAGCCAGGUAGUGGCCACCCAUUACAUUAUUACACUCUUUUUUAUACAGCAGAAGAACAACUCAAUCAUUCAUUUCAAUGCUUUGUAAGAGAAGUUUUAGGACGGCUUAACUAGAUUCCAAGUUGUCUUUUUUAAAAAAGGUGACUGGUGAAAGUGGUUGCAACCCUUUAUACGUUUCCUUUGGACUAAGUUCCACUGAACUCAGUAGGACAUUAUGUCUGAGCAAACACGUAUUGGAUUGUGCUUUUUGUACAGUCAGUAUAUUAUGUGAUUGUUUAAAAUUAAUUCAUACUCAGUGGUGGGAUGCAGAUCUGUCCAUUACUUUUCCUUUUCUCUUCAGGAAAUAUUUAUUCUUUCUGCUUUAUAAGGAUGCAGGUGUAACUUCAGGAAACCUAUCACAUCUGUGCAAAGUAUUCAGCAGCCCUGUUUGAGUCUGUCAUGUGGCUGAGAUAGAUUUUAGCUAUUACUAGGCAGGAAGUAAUUUACAUGGGGUUUUGCAUGCAUUUUGUUCAACAUCCUGGUUAUUGCACUGAGUAAUAUAAGAUUAUAACAUGUUAACAACGUAUAAACAGCACUUUACAUAGUUUAUCUAAAACACGUUUUGAGGUGCUAUGUCACUACAAGAUGGAGAGUAAGGAAGAGGAAUGCAAGUGUUGCUAGAGUUUUUAUAGCCAAUGAAGGUCUGAGAGAGAGGUAUAGUGUGUGCAUUUUUUAUAGGAAGGACAUCUGAUACUUUCCCUCGGUGAAAAAUGCUCUUUUUAAAAAUUACAAGGAUGUUUUUGAGAUGACUAGUUUGUGAGAACAUUCCUGUAAGUAACAAAGGUUGGAUUUAUAUAAGCUGGAGUAGUCUGUUGCCCUUUAACAAUUAUUCCUCUGUGUACAAUAUGUAUGUACAUUAUUACAGCAUUCUCGCACGAUUUUUUAAAAAAAGAAAAUUCCAGAAUUGAAUUUGCAAUUUUGAAAUGACCAGUUAUUCUCUAGCUUAUUUAUUGUUUAUCUUGGUAUUUGUAAAAUCUUAUUUUAUUCUCUUGUUCUGUAGAUCUAUUUUUUUGCACAGCUACUGUAUUUUUCCCAUAUGAAAUAAAAAAAACUUAUUAAUAUA